GCGUGUCAAGGCGACCCUGACCACGGAACCCGGAACAGGCUCAGCAAAGGGGGGAUCGAUCGACUGAGACGGCCGUUGGGGAGCAGCGCGUCGCUCAGAGCUGACGUCGCCCCGAGUUUCCCUCUGCCCCGAGACCCUUAAGGCGAGCGGUGCCAGCCAACGCAAGGCGAUCAGGCACAGCCAGGCACCGGCGAAUUACACACGAGACGGCGCAGACCGACGGCCCAACCGCCCACCCAAACCUCACCUCGACAAACACCGCGACACCUCCGCCCACCCGCCGCAGCCAUGUGCAAACACGUCCUCAACGCCCAGGUCGCCAUCCGCUCGCCGUGCUGCAGGAAAUGGUUCGACUGCGCCCAGUGCCACCAUGAAACGGCCGACCACCCGCUGCUGCAGAGCUUCGAGAUGAUCUUCGUGUGCAAAAAGUGCAAGAAGGCCUUUCGCAAGGACUCGCGCGAGUUCGAGGACAGCGACGAGUACUGUCCGCACUGCGACAACCACUUCGUCCUGGACGCCCUCACGCCAAAGGCCUCGCUGCAGGUAGAAGGUGAGGAUGUUCGCAAGGACGCCAGGAUGCUUAGGGACGAGCGCGUGAGGGCCGAGGAUCUACGAACCAUAUUCGAUGUCAAGGAGGCUCCCGACAAGCUGGGUUGAAGGACAGCGACAGACACAAGGCACAUGCCAACGUCCACCACAGCGCCGCGUCGAGCAAUCAUCACAACCAUCACGUAGAGGAGGAGGGGGCAUGUACCACAUCACAAAAGUGAGGUUAUGCGUGCUAGAUAUGCCUUAUUUUUGAGCACUAGCUGGUCGUGUCUGUAGAGUACAGAGUCAUCAAGUCUAUCACCUAGACGCCAAUGCUGUUCAUGUUGGUUCCGUCAUUCGUCAUUCAUCUUCAAGCACCCGACCCAGAGCCCUCGGCUGGCGUUGGGCGCGUCAGGAUAGCCGCAGUGCCCGUUCCAGGCGUCCGUCCAGAUUUCCUGGUCGCCGCCUCUUCUUGCUUCUCCGUGUUGAUGUUCUCCACGUACUUCUCAAUGUCUUCCACUGGCAGCAUCUCGAGCGGCUUGCCUGGAGCCGAGACGGCAAUCUCAAUGUUCUUCGCUC